GUGAGAGGGAGCUGGGUUAUACACACUAGUGGAAUGUGAGUGUUGGAAAGGGCGGUAAGGACGGGACUAGGCGGUGAAUUCACGGCACUGAAAGAUAAAGAGAGAUUCAACGCGCAGAUUAAACAAAAAUUAUGGAGAAGCGCUACUUCACCAUAGCCGAGGUGCAGGAGCACACGACGGUGGAUUCCUGCUGGAUCAUCCACGGGCGGCGGGUCUACGACGUGUCGGCGUUUAUCCAGCGGCACCCGGGCGGCGAGCAGAUGAUCGUCCGGCGGGCGGGUACGGAUGUGAGCCGGGACAUGGCAGGACCUCCGCACCGGCAUAGCUCGAACGCGCACCGCUGGCUACAGCAGUACUACAUCGGGGAGCUGAGCACGGACAGCGGCGCCCCGGAGGAGGAUGAAGAAGAAAUAUUCUCCCAGAAAAAGCAGGCUGUUCGGGAAAGACGCACAGCCAAUCAGGAAUCCAGCUCAGUGAUGGAUGCCAGAUGCAAGUCAGUGGAUCCAGAUAAUGAUCUGGUAGACUGGAAUAAACCACUCCUGUGGCAAGUUGGGAAUUUGCGUGAGAAGUACGAUGAGUGGGUUCAUCAACCAGUAGAUCGUCCCAUCCGCCUCUUCUACUCUGACUUUGUUGAAGCCUGCUCAAAAACAGCCUGGUAUAUGGUGCCUUUGGUUUGGACUCCUGUUGUGAUUUUCUUUAGCUGGUACUGCUACACAGAACUGGCCCAAGGGAACACUCGACUUUUCACGUCCAUCACAACAGAAUACUCCAUUCCUGUCCACAAAUACUGCUUCCCCUUUUUGUUCUUGAUUGGAAUGUUUCUGUGGUCCCUGGUUGAGUAUCUGAUCCAUCGAUAUGUUUUCCAUAUGAAACCACCAGCCAGCAAUUACUACCUCAUCACUCUUCACUUUAUGCUUCAUGGGCAGCACCACAAGUCUCCAUUUGAUGGUUCACGUCUGGUCUUCCCGCCUGUUCCAGCGUCACUCGUUGUAAUGUUAUUCUUGGCUGCUUUCCAUUUGCUUGCUCCAGGAGCAGUCGGCAUGUCUAUCUUUGUUGGAGGUCUAUGUGGCUAUGUUGUCUAUGAUAUGAUACAUUAUUAUCUACACUAUGGAUCUCCAAAGAAGGGCAGCUACCUCUAUGGACUUAAAGCAUACCAUGUUAAACAUCAUUUUGAACACCAAAGAUUAGGAUUUGGAAUUACGAGCCGGUUUUGGGACUACCCAUUCCAUACAGUAAUUCCAGAAGAAAUAUUUGAGAAGAGUCACUGAUGUCUACAAUUGGUCUCCAGAUUUACACUAUUAACGCCUUAUCAAUCAGCCAGCCUCUCUCUCAAAUCUCUGUCCAGAUACAUUCCUACAUAUGGCCAGGCUCAAUUCUGUCAUCUUCAGCUACAUGUAGGAUUCCUUCAACUUGUCAACAAGUGGGGGGAAGAAAAAAGCAUCACUGCUUUCUGAAGCAGUGUCCAAAUAUUGCCCCUCUCCGUAGUUUCUAACAAAGUGCCUGAUCGUGGGGAACUCCAAUGCCUGCUGAUCAAUAUUUAUUAAUUGUUAAAUGUAUUUUUUGGACCUUUAUCUAUAAAUCUUGUCAAAGCAGUUAGUAUUGUAGGAAGUAUUAACACUAAAGUUUGGGCUUUUGAAUUUUAAUUAGUUUAUGGUCAGUAAGUAUGAGUAUUUGGGAGGAAAAAUGGACAAAAAGCCACAAGUAACUUAUCAUUCAGGUUUGACUAUAUUUCUGUUCAUUUUUGUGUCAGCAGAUGUGAGGAACAAUGAAACCUUCAUUUCCAAAGUUUUAAUUUUCUCUUCUUUACAUUUGACUCCUUAAUUGAUCAGACAAAUCGGUUCGAAUUAAAGAAUGAAAAAAACUUUUCUCCUUUUUAAUGUUGGGAAUAAUUUGGCAUUUUUCCUUUGUAAUGUUGUUCCCUUCCAAACAUUGAGACCUACAGAUUGGUUGCUAUUCUGUGAAUCCUUAAUGUUCAGUUUGUCUUGUCAUGUUUCUAUACAAGCUUCCAACAAAUUUGGUCUUAAUUGCCCAUCGAAUUCCUCCUGCACCUACCUAUUUUGCAUCUGCCAAUUGCUGUGCGUUUAAUCCUCUUAUCAGAUUCCUAUGCACCGCUAUCAUCCAUCCUUUCUUGAAGGAGUAGCUGCUUUAUGUACGCUUGUAUGUAAUAUAAAUACGGGCUGUAAAGAAAACAUGUCUCCAUCAUCUCAACACCAUUAAAAUACAUUUCCCUCUUGCAAAACUUUGCACAAACUUGGAAUGAAACUUUUUAAAGAACCGGUCUCUGAUUUUUGACUCUGCUGGUCAUAGGUUUUGUGUAGCACCAUUAUAAUGUUGGCUAUUUGCUAGACAAUUCACAGAACAGUACAGACCAAUGUCUGCAGUUGGAAAUUAAUAUCCAGCUGAAGAAAAUGUGAAUAAUUUGACAAUGAAGAUUGGAAGAAAAAUGGAGAGUGGGUGUCAGAUGCAUUAUCUAUUUGAUACUGUGUCUGUUAUUAUCAUGCACUAAACAAAUUUUUAGGUUUUCUUUCUGGUGCAAGAUAUUAUUGAGCAGACCACUCACACCAAACUUAGAUUUAGAUGAAAAUUAUUGCCAUUUAAUAUUAGAAUCUUGUAACCCUUUAGACUCUGACUAUAUUAUGAAUGUAACUCUGGGCUGACUAGCUCCAUGACUUUCUGGGACAGUAUGCUGGCUUAACUAUGCAGUUUAAAGAAAUUUCAUUUUUAUUAUCUUGCUGCGAAUAUUGAUACAUUUGAGAAAGCAUGAGAAAUUCUAUAUAAGGUGAAAUGAAAUUGUAAAUAAAGGUCUGUAUAUUUUGAAAAUAGCUUUUUUUUGGUCCAAAUUCUCUUCCCGAGCCUUGUUUAAAAUCCUUUUAAUGACAUUGCAGGUCUUUGACCAAAUUCAGAAGCAGAAAUUUGUUUCAAAACACACCUGCUUGUGAAUAAAUCCUGGUCACAAUUGCUGAAAAAUGCCUGUCGAUCAAAAUGCAAUAGAAGAUUUUAUAUAUAAAUAUAUAUAUAGGCCAAAGCUUUGAAGUAUAUAAAACAUUACUUUUUAUAUUGUGCCUAUACAUCAAUUUAUUAUGUACAUUUGUUGUGCACUAGUGGUUUUUAGUUUAGAAACCAAGCUAUUUUACUAAAAUAUUAAAAACUAAAUCACCUGUUCAAACUCAAACCAGCCUUUUUAGGGCUGGUAGUUACCUAAUUUCCUUUGCAAAAUAGCUGUCGUCUAUAGUGGAGCAGUGCCUGUUGUUAACUGCUUGCAGCAACAUUGAGCUGUAGUUUGUUCACCAUUACUGACAAAGCUGGAAUAUGAAAUACUAAUUAGUUGCAGGUUCUCACGAAUGAAAUAAAAGUAAACUGAAGGAUUAGCAAUCCAAAACCAAACCAUCUCUUUCUUCCUCUUUACAUUAUGCUGUCUCUUGUUUCGACCGAGGAUCUUGGGAAGAAAAUUGUUCCUCACAUGUAGAAUAUCAUACAAAACAGAAUCUAAAAUGUAGAGGUGCAAUUGGGCAUUACUGACAUGUACUAGACGUGGUGUAAUGUGAAUAUGUGAGCUGCUUUUUUACAAAAACAUUAUGAACUCUGCAAUUGAGGGAUAUGGUAAAAUUGUCUCACUUGAAAGCUACUUUUGGGGGUUCUGUGAAACUACUUGGAAAUUGCAGAGUGGAUUGUACCCCAUGUACAGCAUUACUUCAGUAAUUCCAAAUGUAGAAACUUGUGUAAUGUUAUGUGUCAAAUUGCUUUUUGAUUGACUAAGUGUUAAUAAAAUUUCUAGUUUAUAAAAUUA